CCUGCUGUUGAGCAACCACUGCAGUGAACAGAGAGACUCCAGUGUGUUUCAUGUUUGUGUAAGUGUGCAAACGUGAGCAAUGCCUGCAAACAGAGAGGGAAUGCACAACGGUCUGAUCGAUGAGCCUGACGAUGACUACAAAAGUCCAGAGGUGCGAUAUUCAGUAUUUGAUAACCGAGGUAAAAGUGGACAACGAUUUUGCCAAGAACCCUUUAAGGUGGCAACAGCAUGCCUGAGUGCCUUCUGCCUCAUCUUACUCAUGAUCCUGGUGAUCACAAGCGUUCACAAUGGUAAGAGCCGUUCAUCUGAUAAGGAUUCCCGCCCCAGCGCUGCUGAAACACAAAUGCAGACGGGCUGCGCUAAUGUAACGGCUCUGACAGAAGAACUGCAGACCGUGAAGAAAGAGAAGAGUGAACUGGAGAAAGAGCGGUCGCAGUUGAAGGACAAAAUCGCUAAGCUUGAGGCAACCCCUGCACCACAAACCUCUCUAGCACCAAUGAAGACUUCUUGCCCUGAAGACUGGAAGCACUUUAAUGGCAGCUGUUACUACAUCUCAAGCAUGGGCAGGACCUGGUCAGAUGGUCAGAGGUACUGCAAGCGAAAUGAUGGACACCUAGCCAUCAUCCUCACGGCUGAGGAACAGACGUUCAUAUGGGACCUGCUGCCCCGUGGAUACUGGAACGCUUUCUGGUUUGGCAUAAGUGAUGAAAAAGUAGAAGACGACUGGCACUGGGUGGAUGGAACCAAACUGGUUGGAGGUUUCUGGGAAUAUGGCGAGCCCAACAACCAUAGAAAUGAAGACUGUGGCUACAUGAUAAAAACAGAUGUUUUAAGUCGUGUGGCUAUAAGGAGCUGGUAUGAUGCGCCGUGCCACAUGUCCUUGCCCUUUAUCUGUGAGAAGACAGCUGCGUCCUCCUGAUCAUUGCUCUCACCAUCAUCAACAUACAUUCAUUGAUCAUUAUCAAUACAAUCUGUAAUGCAAUUACCGUUGUGUUUACAAUCUAACAUCAUAUGUGCAUUUAACUUUAGCUAUGCUUUUUACCAAUGGAUGAUUUUUGUAAAUGUAUGCAUUGAAAAAUCAUAGAAAGAUCAAUUGAUUUAUCGGUUUUCUAUGUAAAAAAAAAAAAAUUGUCAGUCUUUUCCUAAACAACUAAACAUCUUUGAAUAA